UUGUGCUUUGCCUCCCACUUCUCUUGGGACUUGUGAAAAUUGUCUCGUUUGCGUAUCGAGUAGGAGUUAUUGUAACGCUAGUAAGACUACAUGUCAAUCAUGGAUACGUAUUAGUUUUACUUUGUGAAGGUGGAACAGGCAAGUGGUUUGGUUAUUAUUUUAGAUAUCGGCAAGUAUUUUGUGAGUAUUGCUUAUAGUAUAGGACUUUCGGAUCUACAAGUGGCCAUCGGCGGCAUCAGCAAGUGUGAAUGUCGGACUUGUUUCAUCUGUUGCUUCAGCAUCCUCACAAUAGGUAGUGUUCACCAGGCCCAACCAUGCUGAGUUUCCUCCGCCGGACGCUGGGCCGACAGUCCAUCCGUAAGCAUGCUGACAAGGCCCGGUUGAGAGAGGCCCAGCGGGCCACCACACACAUCCCUGCUGCCGGGGACUCCAAGUCUGUCAUCACCUGCUGUGUGUCAAUGCUGGACGGCACAGACGUCAGUGUGGACCUAGCGAAAAAAGCCAAGGGUGAGGAGCUGUUUGACCAGGUCAUGUACCAUCUGGACAUCAUAGAGAAGGACUACUUCGGACUACGCUUCAUGGACUCUGCACAAGUACCGCAUUGGCUUGACAUUACAAAAACAUUAAAAAACAAGUCAAAAGUAAUCGGACCUCCAUACUGCCUUCACAUGAGAGUUAAGUUCUACUCCUCAGAACCCGACAACCUGCAUGAGGAGUUGACCAGAUAUCUAUUUGUAUUACAACUAAAGCGAGACCUCCUCAGUGGCAAGUUAGAAUGCCCUUUGGACACAGCAGUGGAACUGGCAGCCUUCUCGUUACAAGCUGAGCUGGGAGACUGUGACCCUGCAGAGCAUGCUCUGGACAUGGUGUCUGAGUUCCGCUUCAUGCCAGAGCAGACGGAGGCCAUGGAGCUGGCCAUCUUCAACACCUGGAAGGAGUGCAGAGGUCAGAUGCCGUCGCAGGCAGAGAUUAACUACCUGAACAAGGCCAAGUGGCUGGAGAUGUAUGGGGUGGACAUGCACAUGGUCAAGGCUCGAGAUGGUAAUGAAUACCAGUUAGGACUGACUCCCACUGGAGUGCUGGUGUUUGAGGGAGAGACCAAGAUAGGCCUGUUCUUCUGGCCCAAGAUCACCCGUCUAGACUUUAAGAAGAGCAAGCUGACCCUGGUGGUGGUGGAGGAGGAUGGAGAAGAGGCUCAGGAGACAGGAGAGGGCAAAGAGCAGCAGCACACGUUUGUGUUCCGUAUGGACCACCCCAAAGCUUGUAAGCACCUGUGGAAGUGUGCUGUGGAACACCAUGCUUUCUUCCGGCUCCGCGGCCCCGUCCAGAAGGGCUCAGCGCGCUCCGGGUUCAUCCGCAUGGGGUCACGCUUCCGCUACAGUGGGAAGACUGAGUACCAGACCACCAAGGGCAACAAAGCCAGGAGGUCAGCAUCGUUUGAGAGGAGGCCCAGCCGACGCUACUCCAGGAGGACCAUGAUGAACCGGGGAGCCAACAAACCCCAGGAUCACAACAACGGAAUGAGCCCCAACACAGAUGCCAAGCCCCUCCACAUCAGAAGCCCCUGGUCCCUGCCCGUGGUCAGCCCUGCAUCCUCAGUCUCCACCAGCAGACCUAUGAAAAUCGAAACCCUCCCCAGGAGUCCUGGCGGUGGCCAAUCGGAGAAGAGGAGCAUGGCCUUGCCACUCGUAGCCGAUCUGCUGGAGACAUGCGUUAAUGAUGUCACCCAUACACCCGUUCCCAUGGCGACAGCAGGCCUGUCUGAGGAGGCGGGGCUAAGCAUGGCUGCCUCCGCCUCCAGCCUCACAGGGGAGGAGAAAGUCUCUCUUGCAGAGGCGGCAGCGCGGCUGAAGCAGCUGGAACUACACAGUCUCUCGCUCCCUGUCCCUUCCAGAGCCAACCUCAACAUGAACAACCAGGAGGAAGUGGUGAAGCUCACAGAGGAGUGUCUGAACAGUGUGGCUAGCAGCUCUGUGCCUUCUCCACUUUGCCCCCCAGAGGACCUGAAGAGGAACAUUAUCAAAGCCCAGGCACAGGCUGCCCUCAAGAGCUCCCUGGAGGAGCACGUUGUGAUGGGGGACAAGAACACCAAUGUACAGGAAGCUGCAGCCAGUGUUGAGAUGUUGGCUGUGGAUCUCAUGCAAUCAGCACCUAUGAUGCCCCUUGAAAUACUUGACGGGGGGCAAACAACAAAGGCCAAACCUGAGGAGCUGAAGAUGCCCACCCCUCCGUCACUGCGGGCCCCGCUGAGCAGUAACCUGAUAGACUUCUCAGACCCAACCCCAGUAUCACCGCCACCAUCAGUGCAAUCCAAGCCCAUGAUGUCACCUCGCUGGAUCAUCCCUGCUGCUGCACCACUCGCUGCCAUCUUUACGGACGGCCUCUUUGACCUUGACCCCUCUGCAAAGACCGCCGCCCCUCUCCGACCUGAAGGGGGGGCUCUCACCCCAGCCCUGCACCCCCAUCUCUCCUCUCAAACGCACAAUGUGAUUGACACCAGCAUUGUGGCCCAGCCACCCAAAGAGCACGGCACCAAGCACAAAGGUCUGUUGACCACUGAGCUCUGAGUGGGAACCAGGGAGGGAGCUAGCUUCUACCCUCCUCACAACGAAUACUUCCUACUCCUGGUGUUUCCAAACUAGGGGACUACUUCCUACCCUGAGCACAUUCAUCUCCUACUGCAUUCCCAAACCUGGGAAGUUCCUGCCCUAGCAAUCAAGAGAUUGGAUCAUUGUAAUUCCUCGUCUCACUAUAUUCCAGUUUGGAGCAGUGUUUUUCUGUUAGUACCAACGUUGGUUCACUGCUUCUUGUCAUAAGAAUUCCUACAAAGUGCACAGACUCCCUUUUAGAAAUGUUUAAAGCAGGAAGAGACUGCAAUAAGUGCUAAGGAAGAGGACAUCUGUUCCUCAAGCCACUGAACGACACUGGAGCACUGGACCUGAACUCUGAGAAGAUGUGAAACAAUGACUUUCUACUAACGGUUUUUUGUCCUGUUUUUUUUUAUAUAUAUAUUUUUCUUUUUAAAUUUAAAGUCAUACAGAGUGAAUCCAUCAAGUACCAGUGUUCAGUUAGGACCUGAAUCUGAUUAAGACUCAGUUAUCAGAGACAACAGCAAUAUGUAGAAUGCAGACAUGAAUUUAGCCACAUCUAAAAUGUUAUUCCUAUUUUGUGUCUAUAUAAAAAUGCUGUAGCUACAACCUGCCUUAAGCUAGCAGGAUGUUAAAUUAUGAUCGCAUAACUUUACACAGUAAGAAAAUACUACCACUACCACUACUAAUCCUACCACUACUGUUACUAAUACUACCACUACUGUUACUAAUACUACCACUACUGUUACUAA